GAAUCCCAAUGCCUUACUCAGUCUGGUGCCAUGCACCUUUGCUACUCACAUCAGCAACCGAAAGGACAACUUGAUAGGAGUGUGUCCACAGCGCGAGAAGCGCUGGAGGUUAUCAGCUUGGUCCGUCCCUAGGGUAUCUGGGACAGAAACUGACAAACUAAGGUGCUGAUCAUUGCAUCGUCUCGCCGUAAAUCUUGAUACUGUGUAAUCUAUCGCUUGUUAAAGGAUAGCAACAAGUUCGGCACAGGAUGGUGCAGCCUGGAAAGAGCAAGACAGGCAACUUGCAAGAGAAGCGUGUCACCCAGAAAGUCCACAAGAAGGAGAAGAGCAUACCGAAAAGGAUUCCCGAUAAUCUGCUUGAAAGGCAGAAGAGAGCAAAAUCGGAUGCAGUUGUCCAGAAGCUGAAAGAAGCAAAAGUUGCAGAGGAAGGUGUGCAAAGCUUUCUUGAUUCCUGGAGACUGGUAGGUCUUGUCAGAACCGACGGGAAGGCUGAGUGGAGCUUUGUACCGCCAAACCGGGGAAGGAUGCUCCACAGCAUUCCUGAAGUCGUCAGGUGGUUCAAAGACCAUCUUGGAGGUGAUGGCAACGAGAGGGUGCAGAAUGGCGGGCCAGAGGCUAACUCAUCAGACCAAGCUCAUGAGGUGGCACCAGCUGCCAAUCCUGCCAGUGAUGAUGCGAUGGCCGGGGCAGACGCCCCAGGUCCGGCUGAGGACCCUCCCCCUCCUCCGCCUGCAGAAGAGGCGCAGACUGGUGGUGGAGAGGAAGCAGCUGGCGGCGAUGAGCGGGACCCGGGCGAGGCAGGUGCAGUGGGUGGCGGAGAUGGGGCUGCAGUAAACGGCCUGGAAGAAGAGGCAGCCAACGCUCUGUUGUACGAGCACAACGCCUUCAAAAUGGGGUCAUCGUGUUUGCUCGUCUGCCUGGUGCGACUGGGCUUCACAAAGGAAGAGGCUCUGAGCGUGGGAGUGGCAGUCGAGUCUUGGGCGAGCAAGCGCAUCAUGGAGGCCAAGCAGGCCAUUGCCGCUGCUGCUGCUGUUGAAGAGAAAGAAGGAAAAGGAGCGAUGCGCGCACAGAAGCGCAAGUCAAGUAGCAGCCCAGAUUCCGCUCCGGCAGUGGCGGCGAAGAAGGCAAAGGAGGUUGAAGAGGAUGAUGAAGAGGAGGAUGAGGACGUAUUCAAUCCGCGUAAGGAUGUGGUGAGGAACAUGACAGUGCUGCUGCGCACAGAGGACAGCAAGUCCUCUGAGUGGAGGAAGCCCUGGUCAAUUGCCAAAGUCAACAGGUUGAAUGGCAACAUCACCAGGAUCGACAAGGCAAAUGGCGUGGCAAGGGUGACCUGGCUGAAACCCACCUCGGAGAAGCAGUGGUGGGCGCAGCGGUGGCUGCCGUGGGUGCUGGAGGGAAAGGACAGCAGGGGGAAGCCGCGCCUCUGGACAGAAAAGGCCAUCGAAAUUGACAGUGUCCAGUGGGGCACCCACUUGACUAGCAAGGACACUUUUGAGGAGAGUGACAUUCUUAUCCUACGCGAAGAGGUCCGGCGCCUGGAGGCAGACGCCUUGUGAGCUUGCGCCGCCCUGCUCUGGGCUCGGCUGCCUGCAGCUUUGCACUGACAGGACAAGAGAUAAGAGACAUCUGGGGACCCAAAUGUGGCACCUGAGAUGCCAUUGAGGAAUUUCCCAUCCUUCAGUGGACUACACUAUUUCAGACCUGAAAUCUCUCAACUGGCGUUAUCGGAAUCGGUGCGUUUAACAGUUGGACAUUGCAGGACCCCGUAAAUGGGCAGAGCUUUAUAGGUAGUAGUGCAUACUUCUGAGACAUGACAAGCCUCCAAGCAUGCAUGUAUACCACCAGGCUGAAACCUUUGUAGUAAAGUGAGGACUAAUGAGCUUCUAUCGAGUAAAAAUAAAUUUAUAUUGUAUUUGAUGGUCCUCUGCAUCAGAGCUGACAGCGUCCGGUAUUCUGCCAAAGUUUGGUUAUGAUGUGCUUGCAUAAAGUCUAUGUGUUCUCCUGUGGAUGUCACAGUAUUGCCAGAUGCUAUUUGCAAAACACUGGUAAGUUUGAUCGGGAAAGAACGCCACGAUUGUAACAUUUUUCUGUUACAUUC